AACCCCCGGACAGAAGCGUGAAGGUGAACCUGCGGCUCCUCUGCCUCCAGCACCAAGCGGCUCUGUGCGCGCCGCGGUGCCGCAUCUGCAGGGGAGGAACCCGGACUGAGCCGCUCCCCGCACCGGGAGGCACCGGGAGGCACCGGGCUCACGGUCCGGACGGAACCAGCCGCGGAGCAACGGAUCCAAUCGCUCUGCAACGUCAACUCCCUGAUGUCACCAUCGCUAUGUAUGAUGUAUUUUGCUCUGUAUUCGCGGGCUGCGAGGAUAUGAGCCUGCGAGGACGCUGGAAUUUCAAACCUGAAUCCCAACUGGAUCUGCCCCCCCCCCUCGCCACCUGUUUCCUGGUUUCCCGGCAUCCUCGGCGAGGGCGUGCGGCUGCGCCUGCGUCUGGAUCACCGGGACCAGCAGGGACGAGGCUGCUGGCACCUGGUCAACGUGGAGGCGGAGCCAGGGCCAGCUGUGCAGAGAGCGAGGAGCUGGGCCCCUGAUCAGAGUCUGAUGAGUGCCCUGUCUGUCGGCUCCGAAAUGCAGACUCCAGCCCCCGGCCCACAGUUUACAGUGGGGCCGCCGGGGAAGGUGCCCGGCAGGAAGAGAGGACGGCCUCCCAUCCGUAAACUGGAGUUCCAGAGUCACUAUGUCGAGCCUCUGUCGCAACUCAAAGUCCCGAAGAAGAGAGGCAGGAAACCUGGCUUCAAGCUGAAGCCCAGGAUGGUGAUGUCCCUGGCCAACUCUUCUCCGAACAGCACACCAGAACCAGAGAUGGGCUCAGUCCCACAGGACGCUGCCAUCGUCCCCCACUCUACCACACCACAGGUCCUAACAGAGACACCAAUGCCUGAUGACUUCUUGUGUGACCCACCAGUGGACUCCAAGCGCUACGCUAUCGAUCCCAGUGACUCGGCUUUCAAUGUCAUGGCGUCGCAGUACCAAACAAAGCACUCGUAUGGUUACCGUGGCAGUAGUUGCUCUACCCCGAUGGCUUUGUGCAGACAGGCGUCAAGCCCAGGAAGCUUCCAGGAGGCAAACAGAAAUGGUUGCAGCUCAAUGCCGGACUCUGGAGAGUGCAAACGUCCUGCUGGUAAGGACCCAUCGAGCUGGUGUGUGGAGGAGGUGGUUUGGUUUAUCAAAGACGCUGACCCUCAAGCCCUGGGACCUCACGCCGAUGCCUUCAGGAAGCAUGAGAUAGACGGAGACGCUCUGCUCUUACUGAAAAGCGAGAUGAUGAUGAAGUACCUGGGACUGAAGCUGGGCCCCGCCGUCAAACUCUGCUACCACAUCGACAGGCUCAAACAGAAUCGGUUGUGACUUUCUGCAAAAGGGCCAAACACCUUCCCAGCUUUCACUAAAACUGAAACAGUACUUAAUCUCUCAGACUUUCUCAACCAUCAGCAUCAGCUCAUGAGCGCCUUCGGCCUGGGAUUGCAUACUUGACAGCUUUUAAUGCAUCUGCACCGCAUUUUGUUGACAAAUUGGACAUUAAUAAGACUAUUUACAGCUGACGCUUUUAAGUGUUUUUUUACCUUUGUUUACUGGUUAUCUGAGUGGUUUUACAUUGUAAAUAGUUCGGCUCCACGCAGAUGGCAGCUAUUGUUUUAUUCAAAUGUGACUUUGUGUGAAUGUGAAUCAUGGACACUGCAGCUACACAUCUGGAGACCAACACAGACGUUGUUCAGACCUGGUAUUAACCUCCAUCUUGAGUGAUCCGAUCACGAUUGCUAAAUAUAAACGUGAAAGCACCCAAAUGCACACUCAACGCGUCCUGAGAACCGAUCACUCACUGGCGCCCGUGGCCACAUUCUUUUUGAGUGCAAACUGGUGCAGGACACGCCUAAUCAGCUGACGUCCUCUGACCCGCGACAGUUUCACAAUGAGACUAAAAUAUUUGUACGCAUCUCAGUGCUCACACGUUGAUUUGUUUGUGGCCAACCGCAUCAUUUGGUCUUCUCGAACACAAGUGAUGGACGUGAUUAGGAGACACAUUCAGGACCCAUGUCAUCCAGUCACCCAUGUGACUAGAUCUCUCAGGGCGGAUGUUAGUACCAGGUCUGAACAGGGCCAAAGACAGAGAACUUAAAAAACGUGGUGCUUCUUUACCUCAGUAGCAUGUUGUAACUUCAAGAUGUCCUGCUGCUGCUAAUCUAUUUUGUUCUAUAUUGAUGACGAUGGUUAUGCAGGUUAACUCUCAAACUCUUUAUGAAGUUGAUGAGCAGUUAGUAAAAGCUGCUGUCUUCGGAAAUCAAAAAGAAAGCUGCACAAUGUCAAACCUGUAUCAGCUGGUAAAAUAGAAGUCCUUAGAUCCAUUCUCUGUUUUAUCCUGAUAACAAAUAACCCAAGACUCCAGAAAGAAACAAUGUAUCUCAUCUCCUAGAAAAGUGAAACAAAGUGAUUGGGACAAACCACAGCUGAGUGCCGAGUGAAUAAACAGUGAAGCCAUGAGGUAUUUCACUAUGCUGGUGAGCUGCUUAGGAUCACUCUCUGUUUAUUAACAUGACAGGAAGAAAAGAAGAUGGACUUUCACCAUGUUCACAUUAUAUUGCAAAUCGUGUUACACUCGCUGGUUUCAAUAUUGAGUAACAACCUUGCAACUGUGUCAGAAGGCUGCAAAGUGAUGGGAGCCAUAGCAACUGGUAGCAAAAGUUGAUGCUCAAUGAAACCACUACUGCCACAACACUGAAUCACUCUUCUCAUACACUGACUGUCUAUGUGUGACUUCCUGAUGAGGCCAGUUUAUAUUCCUCUCAUGCAAUUUCUCUCCAGUUUUGUUUUGCAUUAAUUCAUCUUCACACUGUAAAAUGUGUGAGGUAAAAAAUCCUGAGCAUUAAGAGUAACAGCAUUAAUAAUAUUUGAAGCCAUCAAACUCAGUUUUGUCUUUUAAAAUGGUACAAACAACUUUUAAACUCAUUGAUUAACCUCAUGCAGUAUAUGGCAGAUUUGUAUAAUUUGUGAUUUAACAAUGCUUUUUUAAAAUGUAUGUACAGUUCUCAAUAUUAGAUAUUUUGUGUUUAAUACAUUUUUGUUAAUUUGUUAAAAGAAAUGUGUGCCACAAAACAGACUAAUGUGAUGUACAGCAUGUAUGUUUAUGUAUGAUUCUUUGUGUAUUCCACGAGUGUCUACAGCUAUGGACUACUGUCGUCUUCAGAAUAACUUAAUCUGAUAACUGGAAUUCAACGAUUUGUUAAGAACAGUUGUUUUCCCAAAACCAAAAUAUUUUUAAAAUGUCUUUAUUAUUAUUUGACUCAUGUUAAAUAAUUUUGACUCCCUAUUUACCUUUCCUUCCUUUUAACAGGAAUGUUUUUUUUAUAAAGCGCUCUUUUCCCAGAAAAAAAUAAAAUGUUUUUAAAUGAA